AUGCGUGGUGAGACGGGGCUGCUGGUUCUGGCCGCGCCGCUGGUGUGGUGGCCCUCGGCUGAGGAGCUGCACCAGCACCCGCUUGACGCACGUCGCACGUUCUUCUCCGCCGUCACAAGCGCCGGCGUUGCCGUGGGCGCGGCGGACCGCGUGGUGGGUCUGUCGCGUCUCGGCACAAGCGUCAUGUUCUCCGGCGUCCUCGACGGGUCCUCCGCGCGGGUGUAUGACCCGUUCAGCGGUGCGGAGGUUACUCUGGCGGUGCGCACGCCGCCUAGCGAGCAGGCGCUUGCCUCCGGCGCCUCGCUGCAGUCCCUUGCGGAGGCGGAUCGCGUGCGCGUCGAGGCGGCGGCCGUGGAAGCCGGCGCGGCGCUGUGCCCCCCGGCGGAGAUGAGUGACCCCCUUUGCGAGAGGCACGUCGCAGCUGCGGUGCGCCACAUCCUCCACUACCUGCAGCGGGCGCGGCUGCCAGGGGUGUGCUCGGUUCUCUUUACGGGCGAACACGGUGUCGGGAAGACGCACACAAUGCGGCGUGUGGCGCAGCAGUUUCCCUCUGUCGUGGAUGCGCAGGGCGUUAGACACGUGGUGGAGCGCCGCGACCUCGGCGUCGACCGUCUGCUGCAGUUGAAUGAGCAGGAGGCUGUAACGAUGCUCCGCCGCAUGUUUGCCGUUCCACCGGUGGCGUCGUCAAGCGGCGCCGAGGCCGUCCUGCUGCUGUUGACGCUUGACGCAGUUGACUUGCUGUGGAGCGACGCAAACCUGUUGGUGGCGCUUGUGUCGCAUCAGCUUUGCGCUCUGCUUGAUGAGCUGCGGGAGCCGGCGGGCGCGGCACACGCACACUUUCACCUCGUGCUGCUCGCCACGGCCAACACCACCACUUCACUCCCUGCGGCGCUGCUCACGCGACUUUCCUCGCGGGUUGUGCACGUCACGCCCCCGUCGCUGCAGGAGCGGCAGGGUUGCAUUGACAGGCAUAGUGCCUCGUCUAGUUUUCCGCCGGCGGUGCGGCGGAGGGUGGCCGAGUUACUCGCAGGGUAUACGGCCGGGCAGCUGGCGGCGUUGCAAGAGGGGGAGACGCUGCCGCAAAUGCUGGAGCGCGAGGCGGUCUCUGGCGGGCGGCAGGCGGAGGUCGAGGGACGUGAGGCGCAGGCGGAGCGGCUUGACGCCUACCGCGGCCUCAUUGGGCUGGACGCCGUUGUCCGUGAGCUUGAGGAGUUCGUCGUGUGGCCGCUGCUCCAUCUCCGGCUGCUGCGCCGCUGCGGGGUGAUGGUGCCGAGGGGCGUUGUUGUGUGCGGCCCGGCAGGCAGUGGAAAGACGGCGCUCCUGAAGGCGCUGGCGCGGCGCCUGCGGUCGGAGGCCGCGCGUGGGGUGCACGUGACGCUUGUCGACGGCCUCGCGCUGAUCGAGAAGGAGGUGGGGCGGACGGAGAAGAACAUCGCCGCGCUCUUCGCCGCCGCGCGGGCGACGUCGCCCACCGCCCUGUUCCUCGACAACAUCGACAGCCUGGCGCCUCCGCGCGGCCGGCAGACGGGCGAGGUUUCGAACGCGGCCGACCGCGCCCUCAGCACGCUGCUGACGGAGAUGGACGGCAUCAGCAACCGCCACGGAGACGGCGACGUCGUGUUUGUCGUGGCGUCCGCGCCACACUUCGCCGCGCUCGACCCCGCCAUCAGCCGCCCCGGCCGCCUCGACCUCCGGCUGGAGCUCCCGCUCCCGACGGCGGCGGAGCUGCGCGGGCACGUCGUGUGGCGCAUCAUGGCGUGCGUGGCGGAGUGCGGCGGCGCGGACGCGGCGGCAGACGCGGGGACGACGGCGGCGCGCGUGGAGGCAGACGUGGCGCGGUGGAUGGGCACGCGGCGCGUCACGGUGGCGGAGGCAAACGCCUUCGUCCGCGAGGUCGUCCUGUGCAUGCUGGAGGCGUCCUCAAAUGCUCCGCUGGAUCGACUGUGGGAGGCGCUGCGGAGGGCCGCCGCCUGGUAA